AUGCCUUUAGAGAACAUCAACCUCGAGACACCACCCAAAUGUACUGCGGACUUUUGCCUCAUCCCGCUCGGCACACCAACGGCUUCAGUGUCGGCGGAAAUUGCUGAGGUUCAGCGCCUGAUGAAGAGGAGCGGACUGAAGUACAGUAUGCACUCGGCCGGAACGACUGUUGAAGGAUCCUGGGACGAUGUCAUGCGAUUAAUCGGCCAGGCACACACACUUCUGCAUCAGAAGGGCAUAGUACGCAUUCAAAGCGACAUUCGCGUAGGCUCUCGCACAGAUAAAGCGCAGACCAUGGAAGAUAAAGUCUCAGCGGUGGAGAAACUGCUUGCGGGAGACACAGCUUGA